CCGCCCCGCCGGACGCGGCGGCUGCGGCGGCUGCGGGGGCUGCGGCGCCAGUGGAGGCGCGCCGAGCCGUGCGCCCCACUAGCAGCCGCGGCGGAGGCAAGGAGCCGGUGCAACCCCCGGCGGUGCGCCCCGCCCGGGCGCCAUGCAUUGCGAGGUGGCAGAAGUGCACUCAAACAGGAGGCCGAAGGAGGCCCUUGGCGCUCCGGCCCCCGGCCGAGGGCCCGCAGGCCUCGACACGCACAUGUCCUUCAGGGUCACAGUGAGCGGCGGCGGCUGCGGGGAUGGGGACCCGCGUGACCUGCUGCCCCGGCCGCCUGCACCGCCGCCGUGCGCACACGACCUCCUCCGGCCUCGGAGCCCCCGGGACUAUGGUCUGUCCAAGACCGCCGCGGUCGGGAAGGUGAAUGGGAGCUACAGCCACUGCACCCCAGGCUCAGAGAAGAGUCUGCUGGACCUGGACCUUGCUGAGGGUCCCACCUGCCACCGGGCCCUGUUUCUCCCUGCAGGAACCCUGCCAGCCCGGGGCCACCCUCCAGCCUGCGAGAGGCUGCUGCAUUUCUCCCACCCUAGCAGGUCACCCCGAUCCCAGGCCACAUAUGUGAAUGGUGGCCUCCCGGCCACACAGCAUAUCAAACAGGAGUCCCUGCCUGACUACAGGACCAUGACAGAAGCUUGCGCCCCCCUGUCUGCCCACUGUCGGGCCCCGCCAGUGACCGACCUACACACAGACCUGGACCUCCCGGGCAGAGGCCUCUGCAACCCCGCACCUUCCUGCUACCUUCUGGGCAGUGAACCCAGCUCCAGCCUGGGCCCCCAGCCUGAUGCCCACCUCUCUGAGGACAGCCUGAAGCGCUGUUGCCUCUUGGACCUGCCCCUGACCUCCUCAGCCGCCUCCUCACCAUGUGCUUCCUCUGACAUCACCUCCAUCAUCCGCUCCUCCCAGACAGCUCUAGUCACCUGCAUAAAUGGACUCCGGAGCCCCUCUCUGCCAGGAGACCUGGGGGGCCCUCCCAAGAGGGCCCGACCCAGCACUGCAACCAUGGAGAGCCGCGAGGGCAGUUUGCAACUUGAACCCUGCCGAAAGGCCAGCUUCCUGAAGCAGGAGCCUGAGGACGAGUUUUCAGAUCUCUUUGGUCCUCCGCAGCAGGGCUUGCCGCCCCCAUACCCACUGUCUCAGUUGCCACCUGGCCCUGGCCUUGGAGGGCUGGGGCUGGGCCUGGCAGGCAGGAUGGUGGGUGGGCGGCAGGCCUGCCGUUGGGUGGACUGCUGUGCAGCCUAUGAGCAGCAGGAGGAGCUGGUGCGGCACAUUGAGAAGAGCCACAUUGACCAGCGCAAGGGGGAAGACUUCACCUGCUUCUGGGCAGGCUGCGUGCGCCGCUACAAGCCCUUCAAUGCCCGCUACAAGCUGCUCAUCCACAUGAGGGUGCACUCGGGGGAGAAGCCCAACAAAUGCAUGUUUGAAGGCUGCAGCAAGGCCUUCUCACGGUUGGAGAACCUCAAGAUCCACCUGCGGAGCCACACGGGUGAGAAACCGUACCUGUGCCAGCACCCAGGCUGUCAGAAGGCCUUCAGCAACUCCAGCGACCGUGCCAAGCACCAGCGCACCCACCUUGACACGAAACCAUAUGCCUGUCAGAUCCCUGGCUGCUCCAAGCGCUACACGGAUCCCAGCUCCCUCCGCAAGCACGUGAAGGCCCAUUCAGCCAAAGAGCAGCAGGUGCGUAAGAAGCUGCACGCAGGCCCUGACAUUGAGGCCGAUGUCCUGACCGAGUGUCUGGCCCUGCAGCAGCUCCGUGGGUCCACACAGCUGGCUGCCAGCGACAGGAAGGGUGGCCAUGCCCUGGGCCAGGAGCUGCUCCCAGGCGUGUAUCCUGGCUCUGUCACCCCCCAUAAUGGGCUCUCAUCAGGCAUCCUGUCCCCCAUGCACGAUGUCCCUUCCAGGCACCACCUACUGGACGACACCACCAGUUCCCACCACCAUCUGUCCCCUCUGCCCACGACUGAGAGCACCAGGGAUGGGUUGGGACCCGGCCUCCUCUCACCUAUGGUGAGCCCACUGAAGGGGCUCGGGCCACCACCCCUGCCAUCAUCCUCCCACAGCCAUUCUCCUGGGGGCCAGCCCUUCCCCACCGUCCCCAGCAAGCCCCCCUACCCGCCCUUCCAGAUCCCUCCACCCCCACCUCUGCCUAGCCCACAAGGGUACCAGGGCAGUUUCCACUCCAUCCAGAACUGCUUCCCAUAUGGUGACUGCUACCGGACAACCGAGGCAGCAGCCAGUGGGAACGGACUAUCUGGGGAAUCCCACAGUUUCAACCCGCUACGGCCGAAUGGCUACCACAGCCUCAGUGCGCCUUUACCUACCACAGGCUACGAGGCCCUGGCCGACGCUCCAUGUCCCACAACACUGCCACCGCAGCCGCCUGCAGACAUCGCGUCCAGUGGCCCCGAGGACUGCAGCUUCUUCCCCAAUGGGGCCUUUGACCACUGCCUGAGUCACAUCCCCUCCAUCUACACGGACACUUGAAGGAAGGCCCUGCCCACUGCAGAUGCUACCUUGUCCACUGGCCAUCUGUUCCCACCCUGCAUGCACCCAGGCCGAGCAGCCAGGCUACAGCUCCCUGCAGACUCAGGGUGCCUGGUCUAUGGCAGCCGCCCAGCACUGGCCAGGAGCCGUCCUUCAAGCCCAAGCCGGGUGCUCAGAGGUGCCCAUCAGGAUCCGUGACCUGAGACUUCCCUUUGUGUCUUCCUUUUUGCUCUCUCCAACGGUUUUGAAAUCACAGACCUCGUGUAUAUAAAAUGUACAGAACUUGUUCUCCAUUGCCCUGCCAGUUUUAUAUUUUUGGUUUUACAAGAAAACAUU